GUGUCGGCGCUAGAGGUUGUGUCCUUCCUGGGGAAACUCCUGUGCGCAGUCGCGGCACUGAAGGCGGCUCUCUACCUGAUCCGCAGAGUCUGUCUAACGAUGGCCUGGAAGUCUGGAGGCACGAGCCACUCGGAGCUCAUCCACAACCUCCGCAAAAAUGGAAUAAUCAAAUCAGAUAAAGUAUUUGAAGUAAUGCUUGCCACAGACCGAAGCCAUUAUGCAAAAUGCAACCCAUAUAUGGAUUCACCUCAGUCAAUAGGAUUUCAAGCAACAAUCAGUGCUCCGCACAUGCAUGCAUAUGCUCUAGAACUUCUAUAUGAACAGUUACAUGAAGGAGCCAAAGCCCUUGAUGUAGGAUCUGGAAGUGGUAUUCUUACUUCAUGCUUUGCCCGGAUGGUUGGUCCCAAAGGACAAGUUAUAGGAAUUGAUCAUAUUAAAGAAUUAGUUGAUGACUCAAUAAAUAACGUCAAAAAGGAUGACUCUUUAUUGCUGUCUUCAGGAAGAGUGAAACUAAUUGUGGGGGAUGGAAGAUUAGGACAUCCAGAAGAAGCUCCAUAUGAUGCUAUUCAUGUUGGAGCUGCUGCACCUGUUGUACCACAAGCACUUAUAGAUCAAUUAAAACCUGGUGGAAGGUUAAUAUUACCUGUUGGGCCUGCUGGAGGAAACCAGAUGCUGGAACAAUAUGAUAAGCUAGAAGAUGGCAGUGUCAAAAUGAAGCCUCUGAUGGGAGUGAUAUAUGUGCCUUUAACAGAUAAGGAGAAGCAGUGGUCCAGGUGGAAAUGAUUUUCAAUUCAACUUUCUUCUUCCACAUACUUGCGUAUACAAGGGAUGAAAUAUAAAAGCUACAACAUCUGAUCCAAACAUAGUGUUAACAGUGGACUGCUCAUCUCCAAUUCUUAAAAAGCUUUUUCCAAAUCAACAGCAUUGCGGCUUGUUUUGGACCGUGUUACACUGUUAUCAGCAUGGAAAAGUGGUUUUGUUUUGUUUUUUUUUAAUUUUGUAGAGGUUUAAUGCAAGUUUGAUAAUGGACUGAUGGAAAAAAAUUAAACCUGGGCGAAUUGUUUCCUUUCAAUAUGCCCUUAUUUUCAUCUGUUAGUGAUAUAUGUCUGCAGAUAAGCAGAUGUAUCUGCAGUUUAUCUUCUUUUAUUUUUCAAUUUGGAAACUUUCUAAACAUUUCAGCUCCAGUGUUUGUUCACCAAACUGCUUACCUGCACUUUCUUAUGCUAUCUGCACACUUAAGAUUUGUGUUCAGCUGACUCCUAGAUCCUACUAAAAUCAGAUGCAUUUCUUCAAAGCUAUCAACAUGGUAUUAUAGACUAGCAUGUAGCAUAUACAAUCAGCUGCUUUUCUUCUCACUAAGGAAAUCAAACAUGUAUAUACACUUGGAAGCAUCAACAAGGCUAACAUUUAUUUUACGCUGCUGUUCAGGAUGGACAUAACUAACAUAGUUCCCCUCCUUUCCUUGUAGCAUAGCUAAGAAAUUCAUAGCUGAGUAUUGUUUCUAGCUGACUUGAAGUAUCUGAGUGUAAUAUAACAAUUACUGUGUAAGUUAUGUCCUAAUCAUUGAACAGUUCACAGUGCUGCUUUGCCAAAUAAAAUCAAAAGCAAAAA